CGCAAAUGCGUACAAAUCCCUUCCGGUCUCUUCAUCUGCCAGAGAGGAAAAUGGCGGCGUUUGGACGUUUCUCUCAAGUGUUGUUGAGGUCUUCUUUGGUCCAGACCCGGCGUCAGCUUGCUGCUGCCGCCGCCUCCGGACAUGGCGAGCAGGCAGGUAAGACCUGGAAGAUCCUCAGCUUUGUGGUUGCCCUUCCUGGUGUUGGAGUUUGCAUGUUGAACACAUUCUUGAAAGAGAAGCACCACAGCCACGAACAACCAGAGUUUAUCCCUUACUCCCACCUUCGCAUUCGCAGCAAGCGUUUCCCCUGGGGUGAUGGCAACAAAACCCUUUUCCACAACUCACAUGUGAAUCCUCUUCCUGAUGGUUACGAGGGCCAUGAGUAAAACCCUCCAGAUCUCUCAGCUGGAGCGGUCCUCCUUCAGCAGUUGUUAAUGGACCACACUCCUAUUCACAGUUUACUCUUUCCAUUUUGAUUGUGUUACCUCUGUGCUCUCAACAUGAAGCACCUGAACCAAUAGUUCCUUUGUUUCUGGACCAUUACACGAAAUGUCUGCUUAAUCUGAAUUAACAAUAAAUAAAGUAACUUCUAUUACCUCA